CGGGCGGGCAAUGGUGUCCACCCUGCACAUCACCCUCGUCAACAACCAGCCCUCGUCGCAGUGGCUGGGGCGGAGCGCGUCCUGUGAGGAAACUAACCUACUUGGGUUUUCAUCUACAUUAACUCCAACCUCCAAAACCACCUCUCUGUCCACCUCCAGUGUCCUGCGGCCCCAGGCUCCUGGCACUGGGGUCACCGGACUGUCCACCACACACGGCCUGGUAACGCCCACCCCUUACAGCCCCUCUGCAGGCCCCAGGGCUUCGUCAUGGUCUCCUGUCAGGUUAAAAACCAAACCUUUACCAGACUUUUUGAAGAAACUCAACCCGGAGUCUGCACCAGUGGCCAGCCCUGGGACAAAGACUUCGUGGUGCAGGGCGGCGGCCUCCCAGGGGCCAGGGCGGCCUGGGGUGGCCACGAGCACGGGUGAUGUUAAAGUGGGUCAAGUGUCGCCGACCCUCGCUGCCCGCUGGCCACAUGCAGCCAAAAGUGAUUCGUCAAAGCCUGAAGUUUCCCCAAGGGCGGAUCGAAAAGUAUUAGGGAUUCCAGUAUCCUCCGCCGCAGUGUCUUCUGUCACUGUCAGUCAGGUGGCUCCGCCCGGACGACCGCCCACUCCUCAGGGAGAGAGGCGGCGCCUUAGUGGAGGAUCGCCCUCUAUGACUAGGAAAGAGGUGUCUCCCGCACCCACCAAUGACCCGUCUGUCAAAUCUGCCGCCGAGCCAUCGCGAGUCCUACACGAGGCGUCGAGCGUCGCUGAUCAAAACACCACCAAGUCAGAUCAGCUUGACGAGCCUCAGGGCAGCAGCCGCCGCUCUUCGCUGGACAGCGCCAAGAAGGAGUCGCCCACCGUGGCCAGAAAGCUUAUGAGUGACACAGCUUGGCUCACGUCCUCUAACCGCUCGGCCACCCUGCCCGCCCUCAAGACGUCUUCCGCCCCGUGGCAGCAGCGACCCAAUCGCCUGUCCUCCGCCUCACUGCAGCGCUUUGAGGAUAGCGUGCACAGCGGUGGCGGGCGUGAGGGCGUGGGCGGGGGUGUGAUGGAGGAUGGUGGACCCCACACCCGCGUCGCCCCAGCCUCCUCCACCCAUCGCAAGGCCAACUCUCUCCCUGGCUACUAUUCUCGGGGCAGCACCCUCCACCAGCCAUCCUUCCGCGAGGCUUUCAACACUAGCAAGAGUCCUACACCUCCAGCUCGCAAUGAUAGCGCUCCAGCUGCGCCACCUCGGGGACCCACCAGCCCCAGAACUCCUAGAGUCGUCGCCGUUCCCUCUGUGCCUCCUCAGCAACAGCGACAACAGCAGCACCAUCAACAACAACAAAAUUCACGUCAACAUCAAAAUCACCACAAACAAAAACAACAACAGUCAACAAAUCAGUUGCAGGAGUAUCAAAAGCAGCAUCAGCAACAACUGCAACAGCAACUACGUCAAAAGCAAUUACAGCAGCAGCAACAACAACAGCUGUUAUGGCAACAACAUCAACAGCAACAAAGACUGCAGGAAAGUCACAGGCAAAAUGCUCAACAGCAGAUUAAAUCACAAAGACAACCAAAGUUACCUCAUCAGGGGACAGCACCACCAAUAUCGCAAGGUCGCCAGCCUCCUCGACAAGAACCUCCUCCGCCCAAGCCAGUUCCUUCCUCACCGGAGAAGAAGAACAAAAAAUCUAUUUUGAGUGGUAUCUUCAGGCGUCGCAAGAAGGGUUCCAGCAGCACAUCCAGCAGUAGUUCAGAUAGCAGUAGUUCUGACAAUGAGGAACCACCGCAACGCCGUAGCUUUUUGCGGCGCCGGAGCAAGAAGAAAGAGAAGAAAGAUCCUAUCCUGCCCGCCCCAUCGAUCCCACCAGCUGAGGAACGCCUGUCACGCUCCUAUUGUGACUUCCCUGAUGGUAGUGACUUACGAAGCUAUCGGAGAGUGAGGGUCGUGCCUGUAGGGACAGGCAGCUUAGGAAAAGAAACACAGCCUCUCGGUAUUCCCACAUUAACAGCUCAGCCAGGCCAACUCAAUAGACUCGGUGUGUCAGCGUCACAUGAUUCUCUGCCUCUCAGCCUAGGUUCAUGGACUGGUGGUGGCUCCCAUGCCUCCCUCGGCUAUUACUCAGGAGGUGGUAUGGGAACAAGGAGCUCGAGCACGGACACUAUUAGCAAGAAAGAGCGACGUGAGGCCCUCAAGGCGCGAGUUGAGCGACUUAGAGAAAGGAUUCGUGACACCAGCUCCGAUGAAGAGAAGGCAUCUGUUUCCUCCCACUCAAUGUAUGGGAGCGAGUCAAGCCUCAGCAAAACUGGGUCUCUUAGUCGACGUUCAAGAGCAGCGCGAACUGAACGCUUCUUGAGGCGAAAAUCUUAUGAACUGGAAACGUUGAGAAAUGAAACCGAGAAAGACCGACGCAACAGGGAAGCAGUUCAGGCUCGGAUUGAAGAGAUUCAGCGAGUACGUGAAUUUGAAGCAAAAAGAAACAAGCUGAAUGAGGAGAGGAAGAGUCAGAGCGUUCCUAAGACCAAGCCACGUUGGUCGGCCAAGCUGGUGUAUCAAGAAUCAAGUGAGUAUGAAUCGUCUGUGCUUUUACGAACACCAUCAGUGAGUCCUUCAGCAAGUCCUCACAUGAAGGCCAAGUUUGAUGGUCAUGCAAAGGAUGGUGUUGUACUGAGGAAUAAACCACGUCACGUUACCCCAUCAGUAGCAGUCUCAUUGCCUGUGCCAUCUGUCACGUCCUCGAGAAGAAGCUUCCAGGACUUUGACACUCCUACACAGAACACCUUGAGGGGUCAUCGGAGUGCAUCAUAUGACAGCAAUAUCAAUAGAAAUUCCUUUGUUACUCAACCCCCAAAUGUGCCCAUAACCAGUAGUGGACCAACAACAAACAGAUCGGGCCUCACUCCUCCUGCACCUCCACCUCGUGACAGGAGCAGAAUAUUGUCACCUUGUGAUGGGAGACCAAUGUCAUUCUCAUUUGAAAGUUUGAACCAGGAAGCUCAUCGACCCACCUCAAGCCAGUCCAGUAUGAGCAAUUUUACUAAAGGAUCAAGUCCAAGCCCCAGUGUGCGGUCUGUGCCUGCAUAUCUAGGACCACGCUCUAACCCACAACCUCCAGGACCUCAACCAAUGCUGAUACCCACUCGUCGCUCUUACUCUGAGCUAGAACUUUCACAGCAACAACAGAUGGAAGCUAAAAAUAGCUAUCCAAUCCCACCAUCAAGACCUGCACCUCCUGGAUAUCCAAACUCUCAUUACUCUUACACUGAUCAACCCCCAAGACCCCAGAACCAUUAUUAUCGGCCGCAACAGCAACAACAGCCGAACCAGCAGGUGCAGUAUUACACAGACCAGUCUCCCCAACAUAACAAAACUGUGCCAAUCAGCAGUGUUCCAGCCUCUCCUUCGUCUGACUAUUCAUCUUACAUGAGUGACAACAGCAUCAAGUUACAACAAGCCAACACAGCAUGGAGGCAAAAGGAACAAGAAAUUAAAAACAAGAUCUCCGUGCUACCAAGCACAACACCAGCAGUGAUAAGCGACUCCUCUCCUUCCAAUAGUCCCAAACUAGAGAACGGGGUAGCCUGUUCUCCCGGGAGACAGCAACAGCAAGGUGAAGGUAUUUAUGGUAAAAUUGAGGCCAAAAAGAUCCGUCCAGAACCUAUCACCCUCAAACAGGCAGAGUCUUUCAGCUCACUCUCUGGCCAGAGUGACGUGUCUAGCCCAGUGCCACGAGGCCCAGAUUCUGAUUCCAGUCAAGGUAGCCUCGCACGGGAUAAAAAGAAGCAGGCUCAGAACAGACCUCUUUCCAUGGUGCUUGAGAAAGCAGAGUCUGGGGAAAAGGAGACUCCACCAGGCACUCCAAAAGCCCGUCCACAACCUCCUUUGCGAAGCAACUGGCAGCCAGCAACCCCAGAGAGUGAGGCAAUGAAGCGAAAUAAGUUUAAGGAAAUGAUAAAGCACAAACUGGACUCGAAGACAGAAAAGAAUAUAACUCCGAAGGAGUUUGAAGACAUGUUCCAAAAGGAGAAGGAGAAGUUGGAAAAUAGUAAGUCUAGCAACUUCGAGGAGGCAUUAAAAGAGUUAGAGGAAAUUUAUGCCAGCCUCAGAUUGGACAGUGAGGACCUGCUAGAUGGAGCUGAGCGGCGUGACCUGCCUGUGCAUCAUCAAACACUGAAGGACAACUUACUUAAUGACAAAAAAGAUCUCUUGAGUGACGGGGACUCCUCUUUCCAUGAUAGUGAACGGACACAAUCAUUGUCGGGAAGAAGAUCAGGUGUUCCUGAUGCUAAAGGUGACGAUAUGCACUUCCGUAGGUGUCAGCAGAGUACUCGAAAUCAGCCUGACGUUCAGAAGGCACUACAGAUGACUGGUAGCUACCUCCUUGUGUCGCCUGCCCAUGUAACCCCCUCAGAUCUUGACAAAGACAUGCCAAAAGACCCAAUGAUGGUUGGAGAACCAGACGUGGUGUAUGAUGAUGUGUCUUACAGGAACAUCAAAAAGGCCAACUCCAUAAAGAUCAUUGACCCACAGCCUCCAUUUGGCAUUCCUCUGGGACCCACCACUCAGGCUUCCCAAAAUGAUUAUCUUCAUGUGACACCAAAAGAGAACUACCGACCUAAGAUGACCGCCAGGAAACAACCAGACACUGCCAUGGAUGACUUGGCCUUCAGGAAUCUAAGGAAGGAUAAGGGCACUAAAGAAGUCAAUACCUCCGAGCUAGAUGAGUUGUUAUGUGAGGCCCGAGCAGGUUCUCCUCGGCGCAGGACAGUGCGCUCCUCCUCAGCUGAUAGAGCACAGUCCUUGCGUGGUGACCCUGACCGUGGGCUGAAGCAUUACACUCCCCGCCAAGUGAAACAUCAGCAGGAGACAAGGCGUGUGGGCAGCCAAAAGGACAACAUGACAGACACUGAGGUCACUGGUCACUCCGUCAGUUCACGCCAUAAUCCAAGUUGGCUAGAAAGAGCCCACCUGUUAGAUCCUAAGUGGGAUAUGAGUACCAACAACCUCAGCACGAGUACUGAGACCCUAACAGAGCUCUCUUCUGCACGAGCAGUCUCUCAGCCAGACAUUCGGCGAGCAAUCAUCCGCGAGGCCCGGGCACCACCAGGAGGCCCUGAGGAGCUGCUUGGUGGACAGCUGCAUCACAUUACCGCCUCCUCUUUGGCUACUCCAACUGCAGUCACUCUGGCCACCAUCACUGUGCCUCGCCUGGUCAAAGUGCAUACCGUCCACAGUGCCCCAGCAUCCCCUGUCAUCCUGGACAGCAAAACUUACAAGCCACUGGACUCCAUCUUUAAUAGCAAACCCAAGCCUUUCUACUUAACUAACAAAGAGACAGAGCAGAAAGAUUCUACACAUGAACAGGGACAACAACAGCAACAAGAGAAAAAGCAAAAGAAGCAACAGCAGCAUCAAGAACAACAACAAAAGCCGCAGCAGCAAGAUGAAGUGGACAUUGCCAAGUUGGACGCCCUCAUCUCUACUCUCUCCAAAAUCGAAGGAAAUGAUGACCUGUCUGAUUCGUCUGAUACAUCCUCCAAGAGUCUAGGUAACACUCCGCCCAUUGACUUUGAAAUGAAAGAACUAAAAAUAUCAGAACCUGCCCUUGAAAACGUGCCUGAGCCCCAAACUGUCGUGUCGGAAUCCUCUCGAAAAAAUAGUGUAGAUUAUGAAUACAACAGUGCCAAAGCCAAUAUUGAGAAGGCCAUCAGAUUAUCCAUGGCGCUGGAGUCUUAUAACAGUGAAGGUAAAGAGGUUUGUUCUCGUAGGCGUAGUGCUGUAGACUUGCCAGUGCGGGAGAGUCUCCCUUCCCAUGGCAACUCUUCCAUCUCUUCUACUAACGUUCUCUCCCUUCCGAGUCUUAACCCGGUGAGCAAUGACGGCAGUGGCGGAGCAGCGGGCUCGAGAACUCUUUCUCAGUCCGCCACGCCUCAGGCCGUUCCCGCUAAGGCUUCCACGUGUACUGAUAAAGUAGAGUCCAUGGUAGUCGUGUCACAGCAGGUGCAUGGUAGAGCCCGGCGCUCCCGUUCUGUACCCACCUCACCAAGAACAGUCGACACCAUGCCUCUGCUUGGUAAGACCCUGACCAAACCACUUAUCAAUGAAGCAGAAGUGUCCACUGAUGGUGAGGUGGAGUGCGGCUCGGAGUGUGAAGAUAGCCUUCCAAGCGGUGUCUCUGCUUCCCUCGCCUUGUCUGUACAAGGUGGUGACGCCCUAGCUGAAAUUCUGUCUCCUUCCUCUUGCUCCACUGUCACGCCAAACAUGGGUCAGCCUCUCUCAAAGCAACAAACGAGCUCAAAUCAAAAUCUAUCUAUUGCAUGUGAAACUCAGGCUGCCUCUCAGCCUCUUUCCUCUAAAGACGCUUGUGCUCUCGCUGAUUAUGAGAUUGUUGAAUGUGAGAGCUCGCCGGCGAGCGUGGCACACUCCCCUGCCACGAAGCUUUCGUCCACUGCCAAGGCUCCCGCACCGCCUGUGCGCCUUUCUUCCCUCCCACCCCCUACCUUACGGGGGACCUCCAGCACCUCACGCCUUUCUGAACAGCCUUCACUCUCGUGUGAUGGCGAAGUGAGGCAAGGGGUUCAGGCUGUGCAAAGGUUGCGGGGAGCCAGUGUGCCCCUGCAGCAGCAGGACAACAGAGCAAACGAUUCCGAGGGUGAGACAUGUGAUGGUGAGGUGAGGGCGGGAUCCCUGCCGCCAGCCCUGCUUCCGCCUGCUGACUCCACAGGGCUUGCCCAGGGUAGCGGACCGGUGGGCGCCAUAGGGCCGCGGUCCUGUGUUCCAGGUGAGGGGGGUGAGUUUGCUGCUAACGGGCAGGAUAACACCUGCUUCCAAUCCCUGGUGGCCGCGUGUUACCUGCUUGCAUGUGUGACCCAACUGGCGGGCGUGGACGUGAUAGCUGCCUUUGGCCUGUUACUGGCCAUAGCCUCUGUUAUCAUCACCUUCGCUAGAUGACGCCCAGCGUGACUCACCCGCCUGCCUGCCCUUCAUUCAGCUUCUUCCUCGUGCGCUUCAUAGUCCUCAUCGGCAAACUCACGAGGCAGGCUUCGCCACUCCCCAUAAACCUUACAUGUGUAUUCAUUUCUCACCGCGUUCUUUUUCAGGGGGCGAGGCGAGGUCUGCCUUCAGAGCAUGCCUUUAAUGAAUUUUUUACCACUGAAAUUCAUCGAAGCAGUUAUUACCAUUUUUGCCUGAUUUUUUAAAUCUAUUUUAUUUAUUAUUUUCUCUCAAGUGUUGAAUUAUGACAGCACACUUCGCUGCCCCUACCUUGUGGCUUAGACACAGCCGUCCUGCUGGCUAGUCAGUACGAGGCAAGUGUAGACCUGCCUACUGUGCAACAAUACAUUCACUGCCGUGUUUAUUGAGACGCUGUGCCAGCUGCUGGUGGUGGCGAGCGAGGAAGGCAUGUCGGGACUCACACGCCGCACCAGGUCACUCAGCCAUUUAGGACACCUGCACCUGGGCGGCCACAGCUCGCAGUCAUUUUUUCUUUUAUUUUGGUCAUGUUAAUGCCGAGUGACUAAAUAUCAUGUGUGAUUAAUUAAAUGACUAAACUGGAGACAAAUUUAUAAAUACAAUAUUAUGUACAUGAAAUAUUCCCUCCAAGAUUGUAUUUGUUCAUGGGAAGUCAGAAAGAAGGGUGGGAUGAGCUGAUGAGAAAGAGUAACACUGUGUGAAUGAGUUAUUAAAUUAGUUAAAAUCAUUCCCUCAGCUUCUAGUGAUGGAGACGUCAUGGUCAGUACAUCAGUAUUAUGAACUUUUAAGAUGUAUAUCCUUAUGUUAUGACUUUAUAACAUACAGUAACACAUGAGUAGAUUACCAAGUUGCUUAAAUCAUUGACGACACACACUUGCGUUCAGGAUGUAGCGGUGUUGCCCGUGGCGCCUUUACACUCUGCCUUGGCACCAUGUAAUCACAUCUUCUUCCACCGCACUCACUCUUAUUUGUUCAGUUAUCUAUUCUUUCCUCCACGAUUGCCUCCAAUGUUCACCUUUUUUUCUCUUUCCACUAGUAAACUUUAGAAGCUAAA